CCUCCUUAAAUUGGCCUCCACUUCCCAGCUAACCUCAAGCCAAGCUCUGAUUUUCGGAUCUCUAUUUCCCCCAUGGGGGAUUUCUGGUCAAUGUUAUGUUUACUUUUCUGGACAUCCCACGCUGCGGGAAAGCCCUUUGGAGGGAGCGGGGCGGCCCCAGGAUGGCACCGUCCCACACCUCCCUCCAGCCCACUCUGGAUUAAGCUGAAAGUGGGCAUGCUGCGGACAUGAAUCCAAAAAGUAUUUCAGCACCUAGAAGAAUUAUCUACUUUUCAUAAAGGGGAGCAUGCAGGGCUUUCAUCGCUUCUCAACAGUUGCAUGCCAUUUGUUGAUUUUUUGACCUAAUGCAAUUGGCCUUUUCAACUUUCCCUCAAACUAUUGUGACACAUUUACUUGAAAAAUACCUUUGGAACUGAUAAUACCAUGGAGUCCUGGCUGACAGACCAAAGCAUAUUAUCCCCUCUGCUUAUUCAAUAUGAUAAACAUUUGGAAGAAAUGAACGAACAACUACGGUACUGUCAGGAACAGAUGGGCAAAAUGAGACUAAAACUUGGACAAGUCACCAAAGAAAAUGAAAGGUUGCAUGAAGAACUGAAGGAGGCUGUUGAAAGGCAUUUAGAGACUCUACCAUCUGGUUCUCCUUCAAGAGAUGUUAUUUUUAUGGAUGAAAACCUAGUACAAAACCUGCAAGAACAGUUACAGCUUGCAAAUAAAGAAAAGGAGCAUGCAUUAGAACUUUGGCGCACAGCUUCACAGGAACUGGAGCAGCUGCAGCAGACAUUCCAUAAGCAAAUGACAGAAGCCCAAAUCCAUAUUGCUGAAAGCCAGAAGCAAAAGGGUCAAUUGACAAGCUUUCAGCAGCUAACAAAGAAACUGCAUUUAGCCAAUGAAAAAACAGAGUCAGUAAAUCAACUAUUUCUAAAGACUGUAAAGGAACAGAAUGUAGAACUGGAACAACAGCGUAAGCAACUGAGGCAAUCCAGAUUUGACUUGAGAACUGCCAUUUCAAAAGUUGACGAAAUGACCAAGCUGAUCGAGGAUUUUCAGACCCAGAUGGACAAAAAGGAAGAAGAAGUUCGAGCUGCUCAAGAAAGAGAGGAAGCAUCAGAUAAACGGCUGCAGCAAUUGCAGUCUAGCAUUAAACAAUUGGAAACAAGGUUACGUGUAACUACCAAAGAUUCUCAAGAGCUAAGAACAGAAAGAACAAACCUAGAAAAGGAAAUUGCAGAGCUACAAAUGAAAUGUGCUAAUAUAGAACAGGAAAAAUAUGAUGCUGUAACUAAGGUCCAUGAAAUCAUGCAGCACUUAGAAGAAGCCAAUUUGCAAAAGAGUCAGGCAAUGGUAGGUGAGAAACAAAAAGAAGAGGAAAUUGCCAAUAUGAAGGAAUCAAUUUCUCAGCUAUGGCAAGAUUCUGCUUCAAGAACUAGAAAGGAAGUAGAAAAUGAAAGGAAGAGAUUCAAUUUACAAAUCUCUCUGUUAACAGAAGAACUUGCAGCACUUCAAAUGGAAUGUGGAGAUAAGCGAGCCCAAAUUGAGCGGGCUGUUAGAGAAAAGCGAGCUGUGGAAGAAGAACUUGAGAAGGUGUACCGUGAAGGCAGAGGAAAUGAAGGUGAUUAUAGAAAACUAGAAGAACUUCACCAAAGAUGCCUGAUGGCUGAACGUGCAAAAGAUGAUCUUCAGCUAAAUCUGCAAACAGCACAAAACAAAAUUAGGCAACUGGCCAUGAAUCAUGAAGAAGAGCAAGGUCGUUGCCAGGAAAUGAUUCGGAAGUUGCAAAAUAUUCUGGAUUCUGAAAGGGAGAACUGUGGCUCAGUUAGUGAAGAAAGGUUAAAAAUCCAGCAGGAAAAUGAACAAUUGCAAAAAGAAAUUGAGAGUUUGAGAAAACUGGCCAUGGAAGCUCAACAAACUGCAAAAUUAAAGAUCAGCACUAUGGAGAAUGAGCUUUUAAUAAAAGAACAUGGGUAUGAAGUUCGGCUGAAAGAGAUGGAAGAGGUGAACCAAAGCUCCACUUCUGAGCUGAGGCGCUUGUUGAUCGCUCAACAGAAAGCAACAAACCGGUGGAAAGAGGAGACAAAGAAACUUACAGAAAAUACUGAAAGCAGAAUAAAUAAUUUAAAGAGUGAGCUGAAUCGCCAGAAAAUGCACACACAGGAGUUACUUUGUCAGCUGGAAAGAGCAAAUGAAAAGACCAUAGAGAAUGAAAAAUUAAUGCUGGAACAUCAAGAAAAAGUCAACAGGCUUCAAAGACGGCUAAGUCAGGCAGAAGAGAGGGCAGCCACAGCAUCUCAACAGCUCAGUACUAUUAACAUGCAGAGGAAAAAAGCUGCCUCCUUGAUAGAGCUGGAAAAUAUUUAAACAUGAAGCUCAUCUCUUUUGUACAAUUUCCAAGUUCAGGCUGUUGCAGAAGAAUCGCAUUGGACCAUUAAGACCUAUCAUGCACAAAGUAUAGCGUUUUUGUGGCAAUUUUAUGUUGCUUGAACUCAGAAAGGCAGAGAUUACAACUUCUUCAAAUACUAUGAAUACAACUACAAAAAUACAUAAUGAAUUAGAGCAGGGCCCAAAAGGAAGCUGGCUUCCCUUUCUCAGCACAUGAUAUUAAACAUUGCAUUGCACAAUAUUGUCUGUUCCAUGGUUUUAAAGUGGAAAGGCAGACAUACCUGCUGCUGGAUUGGAAACUGUUACUACUGCACAACUGGUUUGUCUAUGUUUUACAUAAUUUUCAACUAUGAAUAAAUGUGUCUUUUAAAUGG